AUCUCUGCAAUGAAAAGGAAUUGAUUAAUAGCAGCCUGAACUUUGCAUACAUCUCAUUUUAAGGAGAGGCAAGCAAUUUCUUCGGCAACCGGAAUAAACACUCAAACCGUGGAGGAUAUUGUGGAUGAUGAGUCCCAGCAUCUGCUGGCUUUGCAACAUAUUCAGAGAUGGCAGAGAUGGAACUGCUUCCAAAAUAAGCCUGGAGGAAGUGCUGCAGUGGUCCCAGUCCUUUGAAAAGCUAAUGGCUACUAAAUAUGGGCCAAUCAUCUACAAGUCCUACCUGAAGACUGAAUACAGUGAUGAGAACAUUGAAUUUUGGAUGGCUUGUGAAAAGUAUAAGAAGAUUGCAUCCCAGAGGAAAAGAAUUGCAGUGGCGCAGAAACUUUUCAAGGAGUAUAUUCAGCCUAAGGCUCCAAGAGAGAUUAACAUUGAUAGUCCAGCAAGAGAAAGUAUAAUCACAAACAUUCAAGAGCCAACCCAGUCCUGUUUUGAUGAAGCCCAGAAGAUCGUUUACUUGCACAUGGAAAGGGAUUCAUACCCCCGGUUUCUUGGUUCAGAAAUCUACCAAAGCAUUAUCCACAAUCUUUCAAACAGAAGCAAUCCAUUGGUAUCUAUCAAAGAUGGAGAAUAAGGACUUGGAAGAAGCAAUAUUUGAGUCUUUAAUAAGAGAAGUCAAUACACUGGCAUUGUAACUGUUCUGCCAAAUGAUUACCAUCUGUCUUAUGUUUAUAC